AUGGUGGAAACUUCUUGGGAUAACAUGGCAGCCGAAGCAACAUUUUGGCUUUUUAAAGUUGACUUUGUUUUGGCGAUUGUAGAUAUUACCUAUGAAAUAUCAGUAGAAGCUGUGUCAACAAUGAUGGUUUUCCUUUCUUGCCAACUCUUCCACAAGGAAGUUUUGCGACAGAGCAUCAGUCACAAGUAUUUGAUGCGAGGUCGAUGUCUUCCAUACACCAGCAAACUUGUGAAAACCUUACUGUAUAACUUCAUCAGACAGGAAAAGCCACCUCCUCCAGGAGCGCAUGUAUUGCCUCAGCAGUCGGAUGGGGGAGGACUGCUCUAUGGAUUGGCAUCAGGAGUGGCAACUGGACUCUGGACUGUCUUCACACUGGGCGGCGUGGGCAGCAAAGUGGCCACUGCCUCAGAACUUUCUUCCCCUCUGGCCAACCAGAGUCUUCUGCUUCUGCUGGUGCUGGCCAACCUGACAGACGCUGCAGAUGCACCAAACCCCUACAGACAGGCCAUCAUGUCUUUUAAGAACACACAAGAUAGCAGUCCUUUUCCCUCGUCCAUUCCACAUGCUUUCCAGAUUAACUUCAACAGUUUGUACAUGGCCCUGUGUGAACAGCAGACAUCCGACCAAGCUACUCUUCUUUUGUAUACGUUGCUGCAUCAGAACAGCAAUAUUAGAACAUACAUGCUGGCUCGCACAGAUAUGGAAAAUCUUGUUUUACCAAUUCUCGAGAUUCUGUAUCAUGUGGAAGAAAGAAAUUCGCACCAUGUGUAUAUGGCCCUUAUAAUAUUGUUGAUCCUUACAGAAGAUGAUGGUUUCAAUAGAUCCAUUCAUGAAGUGAUGUUAAAAAAUAUUACUUGGUAUUCAGAGCGGGUUUUAACUGAAAUUUCACUGGGAAGUCUCCUGAUACUGGUUGUAAUAAGAACCAUUCAGUACAACAUGACAAGGACAAGAGACAAGUACCUUCACACAAACUGUCUGGCGGCUUUAGCGAAUAUGUCUGCGCAGUUUCGUUCCCUCCACCAGUAUGCUGCCCAGAGGAUCGUCAGCUUGUUUUCCUUGCUCUCAAAAAAACACAACAAAGUUCUGGAACAAGCCACACAGUCCUUGAGAGGUUCGCUGAGUUCCAAUGAUGUUCCUCUACCAGAUUAUGCACAGGACCUAAAUGUCAUUGAAGAAGUGAUUCGAAUGAUGUUAGAGAUCAUCAACUCUUGCCUGACAAAUUCUCUUCAUCACAAUCCAAACUUGGUGUAUGCGCUUCUUUACAAACGAGAUCUCUUUGAACAAUUUCGAACUCAUCCUUCAUUUCAGGAUAUCAUGCAAAAUAUUGAUCUGGUGAUCACCUUCUUUAGCUCAAGGUUGCUACAAGCUGGAGCUGAGCUGUCAGUGGAACGAGUCCUGGAAAUCAUCAAGCAAGGGGUUGUCGCGCUGCCCAAGGACAGGCUGAAGGAACUUUUGCACACAAUUCCUCAAGAGAAGUUGCAUGUCUAUAGAGACCUUGACCCUGGAGGAAAGAAAUUUCCAGAACUGAAAUUCAAAUAUGUGGAAGAGGAGCAGCCCGAGGAGUUUUUUAUCCCCUACGUCUGGUCCCUGGUGUACAACUCAGCAGUAGGUCUCUACUGGAACCCACAGGACAUCCAGCUGUUCACGAUGGAUUCCGAUUGAGAGUAGGCCCCAUUCCCCACCCCCCACCCCGCCUGGCCUCCAGCCCCCUCCAGCCAAGCAGUCCUUCUACUUAUUUUCUUUCUGGGGAACGGAGGUAGACAGAGUCCCUGGUGCAUCUUCUGUUAAAGAGGCUCACACAGGCGUGUUUCCCUUGCACACACGGGCUUGGAGAAUUGAGGCCAGUUGGCAAUAGAUCACUCAGUUUAGAUUAUAGUGCAAAAAGUGGGAGGGGGUACGCAACCAUAAUAAAUGUAAAAACCAGCUAUUUUACAUGCAAUCUUAUUUCUAAACCAAAAAUCUAGAGCUUUUCCAGGAAACCUGAUGCCUUAGGCAUAUAAUACUUUACCAGUGCAUACUUAUUUUUCUUUUCUUUUUUGCAUGCUCAGGAUUUUUGUUUUGAGAGUGUGUGUGUGUGGUGUGUUUGUGUUUCAACAUUAAGAAAUACCAAUCUGAAAAGAUGACAGGACAGGAAUUAAUAAGGAAACAAAGCCGUGUAUAUGUGUAGUGGCCUUUCAGAGGACCCGUGAUGGAAGCCUGGGCAGUUGGAUACAAGCCUUUAGAUCCUCCACAUCUUUCCCUCCUCAUGAAGCCCAGAUUAGCUUUUCUGUGGAUUUGGCCUAUGAGCUAUAGCUGAAUUAAAUUGGAGUCUAGCACAAAUUAA